AUGACAAGCGCUCCUUCGAAUAGUUUUUCGAAGAAAAGUUGUUCCAAAUGUGAUAAAGGUACAGGAGCAUUUUCGUGUGAUGGUUGUCAACAAUCAUUCUGUUUGAAACAUGUUGCUGAACAUCGGCAGGAGUUGAUUUCGGAAAUGGACAAUAUUGCUUUGGAACAUGAUUUGAUCAAUGCAGAUUUAUGCAGUCGAACAGAGAAACAAAGUGAACAUGCUCUUUUCGAACGAAUUGAUCAAUGGGAAAAGGAAUCGAUUAGUAAAAUCGAACAAGUUGCCCAUGAAUCUCGAACGAUAUUGAAUGGAAUUCUUGAUGGAAUUAUCAAUCAUGGGAGAACAGCUUUGAACGAACUUUUACAAAAAUUUCAACGAGCACGAGAACACGAUGAUUUCUUCGAAAAUGAUCUUGUUCGAUGGAAACAGGAUUUGAAACAGCUUCGAGCAGAAAUUGAAUGUAUGACCAAUAAUAUCAAUAUGAUCGAUGAUAGCUCGUCUUCUGUGAUACGAUUUAUCAAGAUUAUGCAUACGCCGACGAUGAUGAAUACAGAAACAACUUGGCCGGGAAAUUUCACUUGGUUUUCUGACAUGAAAGCGUUGUUCUAUGAUCGUUCGCGUAAGAUUUCAAACAAUGAAAGCAAUGAAACAAGGAAAUAUUCAACCCAAAUCUAUUCGAAAGGUUCAAUUUCCAUUAUCAAAGUGAAUAAUAGUAAUCAAUAUAUUGAUAUUGAAAACGAUGGAUGUGUGGAACAGGAUCAAAACAUGUCCGGAUGGGUUUUACGUCGGGAUGCAGAUAGAAAAACGAAAAUUAUUUAUAAAUUUCCCGAGAAUUUUCGGAUUAAAUCUCAAUCAACACUUCGAAUUUAUUUCGGAAAGAAACCCAAUACGGAUGAAGACGAUAAAGAAACAAUAGUAAACGAAGAUUCCAAACCAUGGGAUGUUGGCUCACAUAUAGUUACAUAUCUCAUUGAUAAUAAUAGUGAAGAACGCGCAUCAAUAGUCCAAACAUGUGUAUCAAUGUAA